AUGGGCAAAGACAGUAUAAAAAAUGCUUCUCGAGAGCCGAACGGAAGAAAGAAGCAUUACUGUCAAAAAUCCAAAGAAAAGCAGACAGAGAUCCAUAAAAUCUUCAAGAACAAUCAAGCGAACAUUAACUCCAACAUGUGCCGAGAGCUGCGUAAGGCCUGGUACCAAUGCCGCCAUGGGCUCGUCUACAAGUACUAUUGCAGAGAGGCCAGACGUACGGGCGUACAGUGUCACAGAAACGAGUGGCAGUAUGAGAAGCUGGAAUACUUCGGCGGAACCAACAUUCCUUGCGAGCAUCCAGACUGUGUCAGAUGGAACGCACGCUUAGCAGAGAUGCGUCAAGAGCAGUUGGAGGCAAGAAUUGCAGACGCCAUGUAUCGUCGCAUCGAUUGA